UAGAGGGCUGCAGCCCCAAUCCCAGCGCGGGUCCCGCUGCCCGCUGCUCGCCGGCGGGGGAAGAACUGGGGCGCGCUUCGAGGGGGCGGAGCGGGUGCGCGGGCUUGCCCGUCCCUCCUCCCUGCCCAGCCCCCGAAGGGCAGCCCGGUCCGGGAGCUGCUCCGAAGGGCGCCUGGUCGGGGGACGCAGCAGAGCUCGCGGGCCACAGCGGCGGGAUGGGGCUGUGGAGGCGGGUGGCCAGCUGCGCGGGGCUGCUGCUGGCGGCCGUCUUGGCGGUGGGCGCGGGGCUGCUGCUCUUCCGCGACCGCCCCAGGUGCGACCCUCCCCGCUAUUGGCAUGCGGCUGUAGCCGCGGACACCCGCAGAUGCUCGGACGUCGGCAGGGACAUCUUAAAACGUGGCGGCUCAGCCAUAGAUGCUGCUAUUGCAGCCCUGGUGUGCACGUCAGUCCUGAAUCCGCAGAGCAUGGGCCUGGGUGGAGGUGUUAUUUUCACCAUCUACGAUGCACCAACAGGAAAAAUUGAGGUGCUCAAUGCUCGUGAAAGGGCUCCCCAAAACAUCCCUGAAGGUUUGCUGAAAAAGUGUAGAGGCACUUUGCUUCCAGGGUCGCAAUGGAUUGCUGUUCCUGGGGAACUUCGUGGUUAUGAAGAAGCUCAUCUACGCUAUGGCAGAUUGCCAUGGAAGGACCUUUUUGAACCCACCAUCAAGAUGCUUGGUCUUGGGAUCCGAGUAUCAGAGGUUUUGAGCCUGUUUCUAAAAUUCCUAGAGUCGCCUUUGAAGAAUUCAUCCUCAUGCCAACUGCUUUGCAAUGACCAAGGAGCCAUCUUGAGCAGCGGAGAGAACUUACGCUGGGCAGCCCUAGAGAAGACCCUAAAAGCUGUGGCAGAAAAUGGGCCUGAAGAAUUCUACUCUGGGAGGACGGCAGAAAAGCUAGUGCAAGAUGUCAGAGCUGAAGGUGGCACCUUGACAUUGGAGGACCUCAAGAAUUAUCAUGUUGAACCGAUGAAACCCGUGAAUAUGUCACUGGACAAAUAUACCAUAUUCUCAGCCCCAAGGCCAGCAGCCGGAGCAGUCCUUUUCUUCAUUCUCAACGUCCUAAAAGGGUUCAAUUUCACCAAAGUGGAUCUGGAAGAACCAAACAGAAGAGCAAAGGUCUAUCAUUACAUCGCAGAGACCUUGAAGUUUGCCAAUGGCCAAAGAGCGAAAUUAGAUGACCCUAAUUUUUCUAAAAUAAAAGAGGAGGUUCUCCAUGAGAUGAUGUCGGAUGCCUUUGCUGACCACAUCAGGCAAUUGAUCGACGGCCGGGGAGACCACCCACCAAGCCACUAUGACCCGGCCCAGCUGAAAAUGGCACCUUUUGGCACCUCCCACGUGGCCGUUUUGGCAGAAGACGGGAGUGCUGUGUCAGCCACCAGCACCAUCAACCACCCGUUUGGCUCAAUGGUCUAUUCACAGCAAACUGGAAUCAUCUUAAACAAUGAGCUGGCCGAUUUUUGCAUGAAGCGGUCUAGCAAAAGCAUUUCUCCAGGAGAGAUGCCUCCCUCCGCCAUGACUCCGUCCAUUCUUCUUUCUAAAGAUGGGAAGUCCAAACUAAUAAUAGGAGGUUCAGGUGGGCCCCUCAUUAUCCCUGCUGUAGCCCAGGCCAUCGUCAAUAAGCUGUGGUUUGGGUACGAUCUGGAUCAAGCCAUUGGAGCGCCCAUCCUCUCUGCCACUGGAGGUGGCUCCAUUCAAGUGGAGAAGCAGUUUCCACUGAACCUCACGACAGCUUUGAUCGCCAUGGGCCAUUCAGUGCACACUGCUCAGCAUGUCAUGAAUGUGGUGCAGGGCAUCUCCCAAGAGGGCUCCUGCAUCUUCCCUUAUUCUGAUCGGAGGAAGCAAGGAGAAGCCUCCGGCUACUAGAAGCCGGGAGAAGCUGUGCUAAACUCUGCAGCAACCUGGUCUCCUUCUCUGGCAGUUCCACCAUCGGCCUCCGCAGAGGCUGCUUCAAGGAACUUUGGACACAUUCCGCACACACGCAGACACCACGGCCCAAACUGGGGUGUACAUUUCUCCUCCAUCAGGCCUAUCUUCUGGACCCAUCCCUGGCCAGGAUAGAAUCCCCAGCCUGGGGGGAUAAAUUCCGCAGGGGGUAGCGUGAAGGCAGGUUGAUGAAGGCUGGAUAUGGGACGACAUCCAGGCAAUCGCUCUUUUGGUCCCAUCUCUGGAGUUGGAUCAUGCUGGCAACUUUUCCUGGAAUCCAUCUCCCUGGACCGAGCGCCUAAGCUUUGCAUCGUCUCUGCAGCUUCAAGGCCUCGUACCACGCCUUCAGAAGGAGAAUACCGGGUCUCGAUAAACCUUCCAGUAUGUGCUCCCAUAGCUCCCUCUGCAAUCUCCUCUCUCUCUUCCAUCUUCGCUGAGUCUUCACACCACCCAAGCUUUAGGUUGGUGCUGGGGCUCAGCACCCCAUUCAGCCCCCUUUCGGGGUGCUUCUUAGUUAUUUAGGGGAUUCGGGUUAAUGUCAGGGUUCCAAGAAACAUCCCCAACGAAAUAAAGCUCUUGAGGCUUGAGGUUCCUCAAAGUUCCAAUUUAUUAGAAAUGUCAUGUUGGCCCAGCUGGGAAAACCCGAACCUGAAAGCUUCCAGGUUUUCCACGCCCAGUUGACAGUUCACAGUCCUGCCCCACAACCACAAGUUCAUCACGUUGUCCAAUCAACUCUUCACACACCAUUGGAUACAAUCUUCAGGCAGUCUCCAUCAAACGCAGGAUGUCCUUGAAUACGGAAUUUUGUUAUGACUAAUUUUCUACUGCUCCAACAACAACCUCCUCCCAACUUCCCCAGCUAAAAUAUGUGGCAGUUAAGAAGCAAAAAAAAAAAAUUGCCUUCCAAAACUGACACAUUCGUCCUGUAGAAAAUGAGAAGUUGAGCCACAGCUCUUGUGUCCCGUGAGCCCAGAACCUGAGGAAAAGGUGUGUUGGGCUAAGCCUCUUCUCUGUCCUGAGGUUAUGUCUGUGGCUGAUGGAAGCUGAGGAUGCCCAGUGAGAAAGACUGAGACUGGGAUCACUGAGCCUUUGGUAUUUGGUAGGAACCCAGGAUUCUCCUGGAAAUCCCCUUCUGCACUGCAAAGCAAGUUAUCCGAAGAGAGCAGACACACUGCAGCCAGUGUGACGGAAGCCCUUCCAAGCUCAAGGCUUUAGAAGACGCUUUUGCCUGGCAAACAAAUGAGGCCUGGGGCAAACCUCUCCCCCAAGAGUUGAGUAGGGCCUGCUGCCAAAGCUGUGAAGAAAACCCCGGGAGCCUUUAACCUUUGAUGCAGUUACCUUUUGUUUCAGGCUGGGGGAGGGGGGGUGGCUGGAUGCCCUGAGCUUUGCCCUACAUCCACCUUGGGCACAUCAAAGCCAAAGCUGCAGCAGGAGCUUUUCCUGUUCUUAUUGCUGAACGUGAAAGUUAUGGGCCUUUUGCGUUCUCACCUGCUGGUUGUUACCAUGAUGGUGGAGGGAGGGAGUGGGAAGGCAAAGAAUGGGGGAAUUCCACUAGGAAUGGGAGAGUCAUUCUGGAUUAUGAGCUUUUUAAAAAAGUUAUUUCUUUACACACUUGUUCUAUAGAAAGUUUAAAAUAUAUUUUCACAGAUUAU